AUGUGCGAUCGAUAUGAAAUCUUGAUUUUGAAAGAGGGUUACUCAAAUAUUUGCGAUGGUUAUCAAAAAGCUGAUUGUUCGAUAACUAUUAUAAGAGGAACUUCUAUCAUUAUAGUAGAUGUUGGUAACCCAUGGGAUAAAGAAUAUAUAAUUUCGAAAAUGAAGGAAUUUGAUAUUUUAACGAAUGAAAUUAAUUUGGUUGUUUGUACCCAUUGCCAUUCUGACCAUGUAGGUAACCUAAAUCUAUUUCUCAAUGCAGAUAAACAUAUUGUUGGUCAUGAUAUCUCUUGUGUAGAUAUGUUUUUUGAAGGACCAUUUAUUAAAAAUGAUAAUUUUAAAAUAAAUGAAACUAUUAAUAUAUUUUCUACUCCUGGUCAUACAGAUGCAGAUAUUAGUGUAACCAUAAAAACUAUUGACAAAGGAAAUAUUAUAAUUUCAGGAGAUAUAUUUGAAAAAUUGGAAGACCUAAAUGAUCCAAUUUUGUGGCAGAGGAAUAGCUUUGACAUCGAUUUGCAAACCCUAAGUAGAAACAAAAUUCUCAAACUAGCUGAUCACAUCAUUCCAGGUCAUGGACCCAUGUUUAUGGUUCCUGUUAAUGUUAAGAGAGCUAUUAAUUAGAAUAUCGUUUAACAAUUAUAUUGGAAAACGUUAUGAAUUUAUUAUUAUUUUCAGACCAAUCAAAUUAAUAUUUUGCAAUCAGAUCGCAUUUUUAUAUGAUUAUAACAAAGAUAUUAAUUAUUAUUUAUAUACACGUUAUAUUUAAUUUAGUAGAAUUGUAAAUUUGCAAACAAAUGUAUCUGAAAUUACAUUCUGUAUCCAUUAUAGAAAAUUAUUGAUAAAAAUUAAUCAUGUAAAUAUAUUUAUUACAGGGCUGGGUAAGGCUGGCUUACAAUACCAUAAUAUUGGUAUUGAAACUAUUGUAUUGGUUUAAAGUUUAAACAAUAUCGUUUUUUUAACAAUUUAUCCAAACAACUUAGGAA